GAAAGCUACGGCUACCAACUAAAGCACAUGCUGCAAAGCGUCCAGUAGAACUAUUUAAAAGCUUGGCUUGUUUGAGUCAUUAACCAAAAGUGCAACAUUUGCCUCAGUUCGUCAUUAUAGCGAGGACUAUAAGCUACAAUCGACAAACGGAUACAUCACUUGCAAUGAAAGCGGGCGUUGUCCACUGCAGAUGCUCAAAAUGCUACUUGAUUCCACUUCGAAAAAGGGUCCGAAAACGAACACCCACUGUCACCUUGCUGUCUCUCCCAGAAGAAGUGCUCUUAUGUGUUUUCCAGUGGCUCUCUGCUGAGGAUCUGCUGUCGGUCAGAGCGGUUAACUCUCAGCUGUGUGACAUUGUCGACACCCACUCCAGCUUGUGGGCCAGGGUCACUUUCCGAGACACUUGGCCAUGUCCGAAGUCGUUGUGGUUGUUCGAAAGAGCUGCAGAGAAAGGGAACUUUGAAGCCGCUGUCAAGUUAGGAAUUGCCUAUUUGUACAACGAAGGACCACUACUGAGCGAUGACGGAGGUGCUGACGUCUGUGGACGGAAAGCCUCUCGCUACUUCAGCCUUGCUGAAAGCCUGAGGUCUCCAUUGUCAGACCCAUUUAUUUGGGUCUUCAUCAGGCCUCCAUGGUCACCCACUGGCAGCUGCUGCAAGGCGGUUGUAUUUGACCGGCUGCAAGCUGAGUGUGAAAGCAAUGUGGAGAAGAAGGGACCUCUGUUGCACUGCCUUGCAAGAGUUUUACAACUUUUUGAUGAGGAUGAGAAGCACGCAAAUGCCAUUUCCAUGCUGGAAGAGUCAUCGCAGGCCGGUUGUCUGCAGAGCUCCUAUAUGUUGUGGGAGCACAAUUGUAAAGCUGCUAAGGCUGAUCCAGGCCGAUAUCUACAAUGCGUUCGAACACUCAGGGACUAUGCUGGUAAAGGAUACUGGAAGGCUCAGCUUACUCUUGCCAAAGUGUGCAUCACCAAGAAUCCUCUGGGUUUAGAGACCAAAGCCUGCACCGACUUGGUGUCCCAACUUUUUAGUCCCGCGAAACUGGCGUCCCGUCGUUUCACUGACAGCAUAAUAACAAGAGGCAUCAAGGAUUCCAUGAGGUACAUCCUGGUGGAUUGGCUGGUCGAGGUGACCACGAUGAAGGAGUUUUCAAGCCUGGCGCUCCACGUGACGGUAGAUUGCGUGGAUCGAUACUUGGCCCUCCGUUCUGUCUCAAAGGCUCGACUUCAGUUACUGGGGAUCGCUUGCAUGGUUGUUUGCACACGCUACAUGAGUAAAGAGAUCCUGACCAUUCGAGAAGCCGUUUGGCUCACAGAUAACACCUACAAAUAUGAAGACCUGGUGCGGAUGAUGGGCGAGGUCAUCUCUGUGCUGGAGGGAAACAUUCGGUGCCCCACUCUGCUGGAUUAUGGUGAGCUAUUGAUGGCGCUGGUACCCCUGGAGAGACAGACCACUUAUUUAUUCUACUACAUCUGUGAGCUGUCUUUGCUCUUCUCCUCCCUCGCCGCUCCUCCACCCGCCACCUUGGCGUGCGCCACUUUGCUACUCACCCGAGUGCUCCAUCGCUACGCUCCCAUCUGGCCCAACCAGUUAGCAGAAUACACAGGCUUCUCCAAGCAUGACCUCACCCAACUCGCUGUGCUGCUUUAUGUCAAGUGCUUCUGUCAAGAUGUUCCCAAGGAUUACAGGCACAUGUCUCUGACCGGUGUCAAGCAGCGGUUUGAAGACGAUGCCUACGGACAGAUCAGCAAACAGACGGUGAUGGAUUAUACCGAACUGUGUCAGAUCUUUGAGAUCCCUGAAGUGGAGCCACAGAUGGAACCCCAGAGUCCCACAAAUCAGCCAGCAGAUAUUCACACCUUUCUCGCAUCUCCAACCAGCUCGAACAAGAGGAGACGCGAUGACGACAUGCAAACCCACAGAAGCAGCUUCGUGGCAACACCCACUGAGGAACUGUCCAAUCAGGAGGAGUCCCUGUUGGGCGACAUCAUGGAGUGGAGUCUGGACACCUCCUCCUCGGGUUAUGAGGGCGACCAGGAGGAGAGUGAAGGGGAGAGAGAUGCAAAUUCUUCAUUUGUUUCGAUCAAACUACAGUCCUUCGCUGCUCCAGGUCAGGAGCUGGAGCACUGUCGAGCCCUGUCCAGUGACGAUGACAGCUUCUGUGAAGCCCAAAAACGGUGCCAGUUCAACAGCCAGGACCCAACGUCCUCUUCGUCUUCGGACUAUCUCACUUCAGGUUACUCGUCGGUCCAGAGCAUUAGUCCCACAUCUUCCUGCUCCACCUCCCUUUUGCCGUUCACUUUCAAAGCACUCACCAGUCCCUCAGCUUCCGCGUCAGGCUUCCGUCUUCUCGUGCCCAUGCAGAGGCCCUACUCCGGCAAGCAGGUGAAGAGGAAGAACUCUGCUGCUCAUAGUGGAGGUGAGGUGGAAGGAGAGUGUUCAGCCAGUGCCGACCUCUGAGCGUAUUGACACAAGCCACCUGCCCAGAUAGGAGGGCACGGCACUUUCCUUUAAAGCUGUUCAGAACAUCAGCAUAUCCACAUGAAUGUGUGAUGUAUAAGGGUUUAACUAAGGCGCAUCAUGUUGCUUUUUUUGUUUACAAACAUGAGUUUGAUACCUCCUACAACUGAAACUCACUUUUAUAUUGCAUUUAGCCUCUGAAACCACUGGAAUGUGAUAUCUGUGGAGUCACCACUUUUCAACAACAAUGUUAAUCUUAGACUUGAUGGUUUGUGAAACAAUAAGCGCUUUUAUGUGACCUGUGAUUGCUGGUUAGCAUGAUUUAAAAUGCACUGUGCUGGUGAAUCCCAUUCUGUGAUGUUGAACGUCAAAACUAUUAAUGCUUUGCCAAAGGUACUGUGGUGCUAACUAUUGUGUUUCACGAGCAUCUUUGAUGACUUUGUGACCAGAAUAUUGCAUUGUGGAGUUUUAUUCAUGUAGACCUUGCUGUACUGAAAUGUAAUGGCAGACUGUAUCCACUAGGGACGCUACAGACGACACCGGUUGCCGUUUCAAUUGCUAAAAAAAACCUAAACUUUAAAUCAGUGUUGUGAUACAAGCUUGAACAAUCGAUGGAUAUUAACCUUAUUCUUUUCCAUCUUUUAAGUUUUUAAUAAAAUGGGGGAAAAUGACAAGGUGAAUAUCACAUGGUAAAAUUUACAGUCAUUACUAGAUGCACUGUAUUGUUGUACAUAAUGGCAUAUGUAUAUAUAUAUAAAUAUAUGUAUAUAUAUAUAGAGAGAGAGAGAGACAAAAACGCCUGUACUUGAAAGUACUGCUCUA